UUGAUCUGCAUAUUUAUUCCCAAAAAAAAAAAGAAAAUAUUUUAGUCAAAACCAAAACACAAGCAGUUCAAAUAUUUCGGUUCACUGAAAAAUAUAGCUAAAUGAUCUCCAGUGUGAAGUUGAGGUGCUUGAAAGACACACACAGUUACAAUGAUAGGAUUCUGCAGAACUUGGAGAUUGAUGAUCUUGGUAUUCAUUCUGCUUACCCAAAAUGGAUCGUGUCAGAACCAGUGUGAAGAAUUAAAGUGUGGACGUCAUGGUCCUGUGGUUCGAUUUCCCUUCCGGAUCAAAGAUAGGCAUCCGGUUGAUUGUGGCUAUCCUGGCUUUGAUAUCACUUGUUCAGAUCACGACCAGCUCCUUCUUGACCUGCCUACACCUUCAGGUCCGGUAAGCCUCUCCGUCAGAAAUAUCUAUUACCGAUCUCGGAAAAUUGAACUGUAUGAUCCUCAAAGUUGCCUUCAGAACUUGUUUUAUAGACUCCACAACUACUCCAAACCAUCAACUUUCAAAUUUGAGUCAUCAGAUUCAUUUCUAAACAUUGCUUUCCUCAAUUGUUCUGACAAUCAAGACAUGUUCUCUUGCCCAAUCCAUGUUGCUGCAUCCACUGACCAAUUCCUUGGCUCGAAUAUACUGUUCUGUACCAAAAUGAUUGAGAUUUCGUCAAAUCAACUGUAUAACAUACAGAAAAAUGCUUUGAAUCUCAGUUGGUCGAAACCCAAUUGUACUAGAUGUGAAAUUAAGGGACAGAUGUGUAAACUGAAGAACAAUGGAACCAAAGACGAUAUUGAAUGUCUCGACUAUGAUCACAAGAAACAAAUAUCAACUCGUAUAGCUGUUGCAGUAACAACAUCAGGUUCUGUCAUGAUCCUCCUGGUGCUCGUUGGACUCUUUCUAUUACAUAGACAUUUCAAAUUGAAAGGAGAGGAUAGAGUGAGACUUGAAAAGUUUCUAGAAGAUUAUCGAUCACUUAAACCUACUAGGUUCUCUUAUGCUGAUCUUCAUCGAAUGACGAGUGGUUUUAAGGAUACGUUAGGUGAAGGUGCUCAUGGAUCAGUGUUUAAAGGGAAGCUUUCAGAAGAAAUUUUGGUUGCUGUGAAGAUGCUCAAUAACUCAGAGGUGGAUCAUGGGAAAGAGUUCAUAAAUGAAGUUGGAGCUAUAGGUAAAAUCCACCAUGUCAACGUUGUUCGUUUACUUGGCUUUUGUGCUGAUGGAUUUCAUCAAGCUCUUGUUUAUGAUUUCUUUCCAAAUGGUUCCUUACAAAGAUAUGUUUCUGCUCCAAAUGAUGAAGACAAUACUGUCUUCCUUGGAUGGGAAAACUUGCAGCAAAUCGCUAUUGGUAUAGCUAAAGGGAUUGAGUAUCUUCACGAGGGUUGUGAUCCUAGGAUUAUUCACUUUGAUAUCAAUCCUCAUAAUGUUCUUUUGGAAGAAAACUUCCUUCCGAAAAUAUCUGAUUUUGGUUUGGCUAAACUAUACUCUAAAGAUAGAAGUGCAGUGUCGAUGACCACAGCAAGAGGAACUUUAGGUUACAUCGCGCCUGAAGUUUUCUCUAAAAAUUUUGGAAAUGUAACACAUAAAGCUGAUAUAUAUAGUUACGGAAUGUUGCUGAUAGAGAUGGUUAGUGGAAGGAAGAAUACAAACACUGAAAAAGAAGGUCCUCAAGUUCUAUACCCAGAAUGGAUUCAUAAUUUAGUGAAAGGAGGAGAUGUUCACAUUCAAAUAGGAAGCAAAGAAGAUAUUAGAAUUGCGAAAAAAUUAGCAAUUGUGGGACUUUGGUGCAUUCAGUGGAACCCAGCAGAUCGUCCAUCCAUCAAAACAGUGUUACAAAUGUUGGAAGGAGGAGAUGACAACUUAACAGCACCUCAAAAUCCUUUGAAUUCCCCUUUUAUUAAUACUAGUGUUGUUAUUCCUAGCAGACAUAUAAAUUCAGAGCUAGAAGUAAUUCAUGAAUCGGAUUGAUUA